AAGGUACAAAGUGUGUGUGAACUGAUGUGGAUGUGAAAUCAGCAGCAUGGUUCAGUGUGAGGACACAGAGGAGGGAGUCCUUCCCUCUAAAACCACUCUGUGUGGGGAAGAUGAGAGCCAGACCAAAGGUCACAGGAUCCAUCAAAGACUCGAUCCUGAACCUGAACCCAGCUGUGUGUCCUUUAAAAGUGAAUGGUCCAAGGAUCUUCCUGUUAAAUUUAAAGCAGCCCACCCUUCAUCAACUGAGAGAGUGGAUCAGCAGAGCUCAGAGGGUUCCAGUGGUCCAUCUGCCCAGCAGCACCAAACACAAGUGGACUCCAUAUUUAUGCUGCUGGAGGACAACAUUGUCACUUUUGUGAAGAACGAGUUGAAGAAGAUCCAGAAAAUGUUGAGUCUAGAUGAUCCAGAAUGCCCAGAGAGUAAGAGAGAUGAUGAGCAGGUGUUAGAAGAUGAAGACCAGAGAUGGGAUACAAGAGAGGCAGUGAUGAAGAUCACCCUAAAGUUCCUAAGGAGGAUGAAACAGGAGGAGUUGGCUGACCAUCUUCAGAAACAUAUUGCUGCAGUUUGUCAACGUGAACUUAAAUCUGGUCUGAAGAAGAAGUUCCAGUGUGUGUUUGAGGGGAUUACUAAAGCAGCAAGUCCAACCCUUCUGAACCAGAUCUACACAGAGCUCUACAUCACAGAGGGAGGGACUGGAGAGGUCAAUGAUGAACAUGAGGUCAGACAGAUUGAAACAGCAUCCAGGAAACCACACAGACCAGAAACAACAAUCAGACAAGAAGACAUCUUUAAAGUCCCACCUGGAAAAGAUCAACCAAUCAGAACAGUGAUGACAAAGGGAGUGGCUGGCAUUGGGAAAACAGUCUUAACACAGAAGUUUACUUUGGACUGGGCUGAAGACAAAGCCCAACAGAACAUCCAGUUCAUAUUUCCAUUCACUUUCAGAGAGCUGAAUGUGCUGAAAGAGAAAAAGUUCAGCUUGGUGGAACUGAUUCAUCACUUCUUUACCGAAACCAAAGAAAUCUGCAGCUUUGAACACUUUCAGAUUCUGUUCAUCUUUGAUGGCCUGGAUGAGAGUCGACUUCCUCUGGACUUCCACAACAAGGAGAUCCUGACUGAUGCUACAGAGUCCAGCUCAGUGGGUGUUCUGCUGACGAACCUCAUCAGGGGCAAACUGCUUCCCUCUGCUCUCCUCUGGAUAACCACACGACCUGCAGCAGCCAAUCAGAUCCCUCCUCAGUGUGUUGGCAUGGUGACAGAGGUCAGAGGGUUCACUGACCCACAGAAGGAGGAGUACUUCAAGAAGAGAUUCAGAGAUGAGCAGCAGGCCAGCAGGAUCAUCUCCCACAUGAAGACAUCACGAAGCCUCCACAUCAUGUGCCACAUCCCAGUUUUCUGCUGGAUCACUGCUACAGUUCUGAAGGAUGUGCUGGAGAUCAGAGAGGGAGGAGAGCUGCCUAGCACCCUGACUAAGAUGUAUAUCCACUUCCUGGUGGUUCAGACCAAAGUGAAAACAGUCAAGUAUGAUGAAGGAGCAGAAAAAGAUCCACACUUUAGUCCAGAGAGCAGGAAGAUGAUUGAGUCUCUGGGAAAAUUGGCUUUUGAUCAGCUGCAGAAAGGAAACCUGAUCUUCUAUGAAUCAGACCUGACAGAGUGUGGCAUCGAUAUCAGAGCAGCCUCAGUGUACUCAGGAGUGUUCACACAGAUCUUUAGAGAGGAGAGAGGUCUGUACCAGGACAAGGUGUUCUGCUUCAUCCAUCUGAGUGUUCAGGAGUUUCUGGCUGCUCUUCAUGUCCAUCUGACAUUCACCAAGUUCAGUGUAAAUCUCAUGGCUGAUAGACACAAAGCCUUCAAGAUAUCUUCAUUGUUUAAAAAGCAACCUAAAAGGCAAAAUCUUUAUCGGAAUGCCAUUGACCAGGCCUUACAGAGUCCAAAUGGACAUCUGGACUUGUUCCUCCGUUUUCUGCUGGGACUUUCACUGCAGACCAAUCAGAGACUCCUACAAGGUCUGCUGACACCGACAGGAAGUAGCUCACAGACCAAUCAUAAAACAGCUCAGUACAUCAAGAAAAAGAUCAGUGAGAAUGUGUCUGCAGAGAAAAGCAUCAAUCUGUUCCACUGUCUGAAUGAACUGAAUGAUCGUUCUCUAGUGGAGGAGAUCCAACAGUCUCUGAGUUCAGGAAGUCUCUCAACAGAUAAACUGUCUCCUGCUCAGUGGUCAGCUCUGAUCUUCAUCUUACUGUCGUCAGGAAAAGAUCUGGAUGUGUUUGAUCUGAAGAAAUACUCUGCUUCAGAGGAGGUUCUUCUGAGGCUGCUGCCAGUGGUUAAAGCCUCCAGCAAAGCUCUGCUGAGUGAUUGUAACCUCUCAGAGAGAAGUCUUGGAGCUCUGUCUUCAGUUCUCAGCUCCCAGUCCUCCAGUCUCAGAGAACUGGACCUAAGUAACAACAACCUCCAGGAUUCAGGAGUGAAGCUUUUAUCUGCUGGACUGGAGAGUCCAAACUGCAACCUGGAAAUUCUCAUCUUGUCAGGCUGCUUGAUCUCAGAGGAAGGUUGUGCUUCUCUGGCCUCAGCUCUGACCUAUAACCCCUCCCAUCUCAAAGAGUUGGACCUGAGCUACAAUCAUCCAGGAGACUCAGGAGUGAAGCUGCUGUCGGCUGGACUGAAGGAUCCACACUGGAGACUGGAAGCUCUCAGGGUGGAACCUGCUGGAGUCCGAUGGUUGACACCAGGUCUGAGGAAAUAUUCCUGUCAACUCACUGUUGACACAAACACAAUGAACAGAAAUCUCCAACUGUCUAAAGAUAACAGGAAGGUGACACAUGUGGAGGAGCUUCAGUCAUAUCCUGAUAAUCCAGACAGAUUUGAUUACAGGCAUCCUCAGCUGCUCUGUGGAACUGGUCUGACUGGUCGCUGUUACUGGGAGGUCGAGUGGAGAGGGGUUGUUUAUUUAUCAGUGAGUUACAGAGGAAUCAAGAGGAGGGGAUGCAGUGAAGACUGUAUGUUUGGAGGAAAUGAUAAGUCCUGGAGUCUGAGAUGCUCUGAUCAUCAUGGUUACUCUGUGUGGCACAAUAACAUAAAAGCACCCAUAUCAUCCUCCUCCUCUGUCUCUAACAGAGUAGCAGUGUAUGUGGACUGUCCUGCUGGCAUUUUGUCCUUCUACACCAUCUCCUCUGACUCACUGAUCCACCUCCACACUUUCAACACCACAUUCACUGAACCUCUGCUUCCUGGAUUUAGAGUUUGGUUUUCUGGCUCCUCUGUGUGUCUGUGCUGAGUUGAGUCUCCUCCUGUCAGAGAAACUCUCACUGCUUAAUGGAUAGUUCAUGUCUGUGUCUUUUACUCAGAAACACAUUUUUAGGUUCAUGAAUUCAAUCCGUUUCUUGUUGAAACUCUUCUAAAUGAUUUCUUGGAAAUGUCUUCCUCUUCCAGUCCUAAAUUGGGAUUAUUCCAGAAUCCACAUAAUUUUUGUCCAAAUCCAGUAAAUAUUUCACACAGAUUAUCAGAAUGUUGAUAAUCUCUUGGUUUUAUCCAUUCAUUCAUGAGUCACAUUUUAUUUAAAUGUUAUGUUAUCUGUUUAUUUUUUUCUAAACAUGUCUUGAAUUCAAAUGUUAAAUCUUCCUUUUGUAUAUUUGCUUCAGUUAUACUUGUGUUUUUAAGCAAUAAACAGAUUUUCGUCUG